UUUGAGUAGCGGGAGGGCGACUGUGGGGGUUAUCCGGUGUAAACAGUAAACAAUAUGGCGGCACCCGUGAUUUGACUGAACAAACCAGAGUGUGGACAUUUCUCUUGGAAUUGUUUUUAGAUAAAAACAAAUAUGGACGCUAGCAUAAGGAAAUUGCUUGCAAAUGCUGAAAAUUAUGCAGGGGGUGAGAAAAAUCCAGCAUUGCUUGAAGCAUACAGUUUGCUCAGGAAUGUUGCUGAAACUAGACCAGCAGUUGAUGCACCUGAAUCGUUUGGACAAGACUUGUAUGUUCUGUGUGCAGAAUUUGCUUUUCAGAAUGGACAACCAGACAUAGCCAGAGAAUGUCUGAAAAUGUUCUUCAUGAAGCAACCAGCGACCAAUCAGUUUCUGUGCCGAGCUUACCUAUGUCAAGCACAGCUACUGGCACCACAGAAUGCGAACAGUGCAGAGCAGCUUGAGAAAGCAGUGGUCUACAUUUUGAAGGCAAUAUCUUUUGCCAAGAAAACUCCCAGAUAUCAUUUCUUGGUUUACAACGCUUCUGUCAUAUACUGGCAAUUCUGUCGUCCAUUUUUGAAACCUGGAUUUCGCCAGUAUCUUGCAAGAAGUUUGCAUCAAGUUGUAAAAGCUCUGGAUGACAUUGAAGAUAAAGACUAUGAAUGGAGAGCACAGCUGAUGAUUGCUUUGAUCGAAUGCCACUUGGAUGCCAGUCGGCGGAGUGAUGCCUCACACAUAGCUUCGGCAGCUGCGACGUUUAUCAAAACAAAUGUUUCGUCCUUGUACAAAACAGUGUUUGGACUCAUGGUACGGCAUCAGCUUGUUGAUUCUACGAAACUUCACAAAGAUCUGAAAACAUCGCCUGAACUUGCUGUUUACUAUAAGAUAUGCAAGCUUAAGAAUCGUCUUGAUCCCCUGCCUGUACUUGAAGAUGCUUCCUCUGUGCCCUCCUCUGAUGCUGAACUGGCUGAUGAUGUAUCCUCAAGUCCUGAUUCUGAUCCUGCGUCUGAAAAUGACUCUUUUGUCUCUGUUGACCAGGAAGAGGGCCGAGACUAUGCACUGGACAUUCAGAACAUUCUGAACCAGAUGGGUGUGGCACAUAAAGACUCCCUGUUGUCCAGGUCUCAAGAGCGAUUGUCACAAGAACGUCUGACCCGCAAAGAUUCAAAGCCUGCACGUGCAACUUCAAGCAGUUCAUCCCCGAGUAGAGAUGAAGCUGCUGAAACAGAGAGGAAAGAACGCAAAAGUCCAGUAAAAGGCGGAAGGAGAACUCCAACACCAACCACCAGUAGAAAAGUAGCUUCGGACAGUGUGGAUAAUUUAUCCCCUGCAGAAAGGCCAUUGCUUCUACUGGAGUUAGCACGUUUGUGCUUGGAACUGGAUCUGCCUGAGUUGGCUGCCGCCUGUGUUGAAAGCAUGAAAAUGUGCACUUUCAAGGAACCUGGAUUUCACCUGGAGCUAGAAUUUGUGCAGUGUGAACUGAUGGUCCGGAAUCUUCUUGAAAAGCAAGAAACUUACCAGAAGACUGUUGUGGAUGUUCGCCUUCAGGCUAUCAGACGCUGUGAAGAGGCAAUCAUGAAUGCCAUCCGACUUGGAGAACCGAAUGUCAUUCAAGUUGGCUGCGUCACACAGUGGAACCUAUGCCUACCUCUUCUUCAACCCAAUCUGAGGAAUCAAGUGAGGAAACAGCUUACAGUUGUUGCUGAUGCUUUGGAGGCAAUUGAUAGCCUCCUUGUGCUGCUGAGGUGCCAGAUCCACACAGAACUAGCAAGGUGUGAGGAGGAUCAAGAGCAGAUUCAGGUUGCCAUGGAAAACCUGAAGAAGGCCCUGGCUUUAGAUGAUGGGAACAUCUACCACGAGCGUCUGGAGGUGUCUCUUCGUCGUCUGGAACUCAGAGCACAGCUCUACAAACAGCCAGACAGACCUGAAGACCAGGCAGCCAUGAUUAUUGAGCAGGCUCGGAAAGCAGAUUCUGGAACAAUUCGAAUGAAAAGAUCUCUCUUGGUUAAGGCUGGGGAGGCUUUAGCUCCUGAUGCCUUUCUACUGGUCCUUGACAGCGAGAAUGAUACAAAAGCUCGAGAAGACAGACAAGAUGUUUCAUCUGGAAAAGGCCCCCUGACAAAGAUACGCCAAUUAGCUGGAAAAGCCUAUCAGUUCAACAACUGUGUCAAGAAAGCUGAAGGUCAUCUGAAGAGACUUGGAGAUGAAAAUGACAGAGAAAGAGCUAGAUUGUGGGGGGACCUGGCUAAAACAGCCCGCAAGCAAGAAGUUUGGGAUGUCUGUCGUGUGGCAAGCAGGUUUUGCUUGCUUUACGAUGAUGGGAGAUGGAAAAACGUCCCACCUAAGAGAGCUGACAGCCCGAAACCUGACAAGAGUCGCAGUGAUAUGAGUAAAGAGAAAGAAGAUGAACCAGAGAAAAGAACAGGCAGCCGGGUUGGGAGUCGUCCGUCAACACCUCAGAUGGUGGCACUGUAUGACAAGGACCUUAUUCGAAUGAUGUCUGAGGUUGCAUUCAUAAAUGGAGAGGCUUUGGUUCAGCUGCUGCGAUCUGAAAAUGUUCAGCUAAAUGACAAGCCCAUUCCCCCAGAGGACAAGAGUAAGAGACCCAAGGGAUAUGUCGCCAAGAAGCCAGAGGAAGACCCAGACUGGAUUGAGUACUGUGAGUGGAUCAAAGAUCUGUCUGAGCAAACGACUGCCAAUUUCCUCCGUGGCUUGGCUCUCGGCAUUGAGCUUGAUGAGGCGUGGAUUGUUUGUAGUGCUGCUGCCUAUCUAUGGAACUACAACAACCACGUUCUGACUCAAGGCAGGCAUAAGGAGAUUGUGCCUCAUCUAACCACUGUGCUUGCUGGCCUCAAGAAAGUUGGACAUGCUGGUGAGACAGUGAUGUUGGUGAACAUUUGCAAUGCCCUAGCUCAAGGUCUCAUCAGGCCCUGGCUGCCACAGCCUCCCAAAGAGGUGGAGAAAGGUACCUCAGAGGCUGGAGAUCCUCUGUCGCCCAAAGGCAAGGGAGGCAAAGGUGCACCUACGCCAGCAAAGACCAAGAGCCCUGGUAUCAGUAUCAGCCCUGAAGCUACUCCAGACUUGAAGAAGGCUAUUGAGGUUUGUGACUUUGCCAUGCAAGUGACGAAUGGAGAGAAUCCUCGUGAUGUUGUCCCCAUCUUCAUGCGUCUCCCAAUUCUACAGACAUGGGUGAGAGCCAAGCAGAUGGCUCAGCAGCAGAUCUCCAAACUCCUGGGCACAGAUGAUGAGAACAAUAAUACUGGUCAACGACCUAUGACAAGAGCUAUAGUGGCUGUUGAAAUGCUUGGUUUGACAAAGAAUGGGAUCAUGGAGUUCAAAGAUGUACCUUUCAUCGGAGAUAUUGCGCAGAUGAUCGAAGAUGCCAAGUGGUCUGACAAGUUUGUGGAGCUACAGUUAUGGUCACGGCUGACAUAUCUGGCAUACGAGGCACACCUUCACAACAUGGUGGUCCGGUGCAGCAAGAAAGCUCUGCGGUUUGCUGGACAGGGAACACAGCCUCGUACCAGAAAGAUGGACUUGCACCGUUAUGCCGUUGAGCAGGAAAUGCUGUGCUAUUCAAGUGUCCUCCUUGGCCAAAGCUUGGUGGACAACAUGAAGGGGAAAAACUCUCUCCGUAGGGAGGCUCUAGAGGCAUUCCUGAACAGUACGAAAUAUGCACGAAGUGCAGGAAACUAUGAGCUAGUCAUGAUUGCAGCUCGCCACUUCUGGAACACUUGCAUUGCUCUUGUUGGCCAGCCUAUUGAGCGAGAAUUGCUAAAGGAACCUCUUAAAAUCAUCUUGGAGUGUAUUGCGGCUACGGCUGAUAAAGCCAAAAAAGAGGAAAAACCAGAGGAGCAAGAAGAAGAAAAGAAAGAUGACGGGGAUGAGAAGGAUCAGGACGAGAGCCAGGAAAAAGACCAUAAAGAGGCCAAGGCACAGGAGGCUGGCCAGGGAAAAGCCAAAGAGCCAGAGAAAAUGAAGAGUGGAAUGAUUGGCAAGCCAGAGGACGAUCUCACCCUGAGGGCGUCCAUGUAUGGUGUUUUGUUCCAGUCGUAUGCGGAUCAAGGUGAAUGGAUCCGAGCUCUGGAGGCCAUUGAUCAAGCUGUGGCUGAUAUGCCUCGUACCAAACACAGACUGUUAAUCUUCAAGCACAGAGUCAUGGUGAAGGCAAAAUUGGGGCGGAGUGUGCAUAUGGAUAUCCAAAAAUUCAAGGAUGAGUCGGAGGACUUUGUGGCUCACAUGUGGCGUCGUGUGGCCCUCAGCUCAAAGGAAGCUGCUGAACAACUGGCGUCCUAUCAGAGUGCCAUUGAGUCCUUGGAGAAUGAGAGCAAUGACUUCCAGAAGGUUGAGUACCUGUUGGAGUUUGCCCAGUGGCUCUACUCGAACCACUUCUCUCUGGGCGAUGUGCAGGACCAGCUGGAAUGGGCAGUGGACAUUCUGCUCAAUAUGAAAUCUCCAGAGGAGCCUCCAGCUCCAAAACCGACUGAGGUGAAAAAAGGGAAAGGAUCCAGAAGACGUUUGCCAUCUGGGUCUGACAGUAAAAGCACGGUGUCAAAGGGUAAAAAAGGUGGAGACAAGGAUGGAGCAUCUGUUCGAAGCAAGACCCCAGAUAAAGUUGGCAAAAAGGCUGCCACUCGAAAAGAUUCUGCUCGUAGCAAAGGGAGCAGUGUGGAUCGUAAGGCAGGCCGACAGGCUGGCAAGUUGGCGCCAGCCGCUCAUGCUGCUGAUGGUAAAAGUGAAGUCAGUGACCAGGACAGUGAGAUCAAUGCUAUGGAUUAUGUGCCGGUUGUCAAGGAAGCUGAUAUAGGUGUACUCCCUGCCAACCCCAGUCUCACGGUCAAGGACCUGACAGAUGUACGACAGUUGGACGCCCUGAUCAGAGCCCAUGUCCUCUUGGCAGAGAUAUUUGGUCGGGAGUCAGAGCAGCACAAGGACAUCCUACUCAUGGCUCACGCCUACCUCAUGCAGUUCUGGCAGGUUCUCAUUCACACUUGUGCUAACGGCAUCAAGGAAGUUGUCAAAAAUGGCGGAACCCUGGUGAAGGAAGAGCCUCCCAAAUCUGGAAAAGGUGCUCCAGGUGGGAAAGACAAGAAGGCAGAUGAUAAGGACAAAAAGAAGGAAGAAAAGCCUAAACCCAAACGCAAGUGUCCAGUUGAUGCUAUUCCAUCGGACCUUGAGACCUGGGCAACUUAUGACUGGCCAGAUGAAGGCAUUGAAGCUUUCAAGAUGGAUACCUUGAAAUCUGUUGCCGUUUCACAAGAAAAUGUCCCCAAACCUAUGUUAACCCUACAUUACACAAACAGCCUGAUCAGCCAGCUGAGAGAUGUUGGGUACAAUCACUUGGCUCUGCCUGUACUAGCCUUUCAGGAUCUCUUGUCUCGCACUGUGCUCAAGAACAGUGCUCUGUUCAAGCUAGUACAUUUGAGGUCUCUGGAAAUCUGCCAGGAAUUGGAUAUCAAGUCUGCCUGUGCACAUCACAUGAAGAUUUUGGAGCCAAUUCACAUAACCGAGGAAGACCAAGCCUACUCUCGGGAUGAGAUUGCUCAGUGGAAAGAGAAGCAGACACAGGUUGCCCAAGAGGAGCUGAGAGUGAAAGAAACACUGGCUCGGAUGACAUCUGGCUCUCCGAGCAGGCCAAAGGCACCCACUGGCAAGUCAGCGCCCCUUCCCUCUGAAGUAGCCAAGAAUGAAGGUGAUGUGAAAAUUCACCUUGGGAAAGUGCUGGGCAGUGUGUCCCUAAGAGAUGUCUGGACAGAUACAGCCGAAGUCCUAAUCAGACAGGGACACUAUCAAAGGGCAAGGGAGUACCUGAAUGAGGCCAACAUUGCAGCGGAGGCUUUUGCUGACAUAAAUUUGAAGGCCAGGAUCAGACACCUCCUGGCAUCUCUUGCUUUCUUUGAAGCCCAGUAUGGUCAAACCAUCAAUUUGUGUGAGACUGCUCAGGCUGUGAAAGAAGGAGAGGAGAGGUUUUGGUAUGACAGUAUUGUGCUUCUGGCAGAGGCCACGGUCAAAGAAGUUUAUGACAUCAACACAGUGCGUAAGGCCAAGAAAAUUCUUGUGCAUGCCAUCAAUGAGUUCAGCAAAGUUGGAGAUGAAAAUCCAAAUAGGAAGAAUAUGUCCCGAUACUACUGCUCAAAACUGGAAGCUCUCCUCUUGCACAUUCAUAUGGAGAGUAUUCUGCACAGCCGCAAGGACUUGAACAAUCCUCAACUGCUUAAGGCUGUGCUUGAAGGUUGUGAUCGGUAUGAAUCCAUAGCGGAGCAGAUGGUGUCCCUGCGAUGUUGGCGAGAGGCUGUGCCAGUGGUGAUGGAACAUGCAAGGCUGCUUAAACUUCUGGCUCAUGAAUCGCCUGAUAAGGAUCUCCGAAGAGUUUAUUUUAUUCGGUGUCAGAGUGUCAUAAAGCAAGCUGUCAAUCUUGCAGAGAGAGUUUACACUGAUGUCCACACUCUGUUCCCAUUGUGGCAGAUGAAACCGCUGAGCACACCAGUACAAAGAGAACUGGCCAGUGUGAAAAUUGAGAUGGCAGACCUUCUGACUGAUAUCUUGGUGGCAAGAGAUAAAGAACUACGCCAAGUUCAACUGCAAGAGGAGAGAAAACAAUCUAUUGUCCGCCUUGUGGAAGAUUUCAUUCGAGAGACACCUGUCUAUGAAGGAACUGAAAAACAAUGGAUUGAAAUUGGAAGGAUCGCUGGAGAUGAAGCUGUCUCUCAUUUGCUCAGUGCACACAGUUUGGGAGCGAAUAUUCCACGUCUCAAGGCGAAGAGUCUGGUGGGCAUAGGCAGAUUGCUUCGAGUUGUUGCAGAUUUCCAUGGACCUGACCCGACUGUGCAGUGGAUGGUGCAUGAUGUGGAGGUACUGAGGAUGCAGCUGGCAGCUGAAGAGGCAGAGGCGGAAGCAGCAGCAGCUGAAGCAGCCGCACUGGAGGCUGCCAACAAGGAGGAGAACCCAGAAGAGGAUGCUGCUAAUGCAGAUGAAACUGACAAGAAAGAAGAGGAAAAUGCUGCAGAGGAAGAGGAGGCACGUGAAGAAGAAAAGGUGGAGGAAGUUGACGAAAAGGUCUUGAGGCAGCAGGCAAAAUACGCACAGCAGAUGACUAAAAAGAAGGACCAGUUGGAGAUGUCAAAGUAUUUCUACAUGUGUGCCAGUGAAUGCCUUGCCCAGGCUCUCAAUUGCUGUCUUCAGCAACAGUAUAUUGAUUUGGCUGCUAAAGCAUCCCUUGAGAUGUUUGUUCUCACAGGCCAGUAUGACCCAGCUGCUUCCUCCAUGAUGCUGUCACUGCACCAGAGCUGCGAGGCUGCACUGAUGAUGAAGGGAGUGCUGGUGAAGUCCCAGCCUGACCCCAUGACUUCCAAGCUUGCUGCCCUCCUCCACCAGAGAGCUCACAUGCUGCACAGUGAUGUUACCACCAACCUCAGUGGCAGCGGUGUGUUCAAGGACACCAUCACCGCUCUCCACACUGACUGGCAGGCUUGGAAGCGACUUGGAAUAUCACCCAAUCAUUUGGACCUGCUCAAAGAGUUCCCAAGCAACUACAAUUUCAUUGUUUUGCAGCAUUCGCCGGACAAGACAUAUCUGUAUGGAGCUGUCCUGGACAAACCCAAAGGAGCAGGCCCCACUGGUGCAGCUGCUGGGAAAGCAAAAGGACAGGACAAGGCCAAGGGCAAAAUUUCCCCAAAUAAAAUAAAGUCAUCAGUUCUUGAAUCAGAGGACGAGUCAGAUGUGAGCAGAGCACGGGUGUUUGGCAGCCAGACAGAUUUCUCUCGGCUGAAGGAAAUCUUGACGGAGCUCCAGGAGCAUAAGACCCAGGUGCAGGCCAUGCUGCUUAAAAGAGAGUACCAGCGCACACAGGCCGCCCAGAGGCAACGGAUGCUGGAGGGUCUGGAUGAUGACCAGAAGGUCAUUGUAAAGGCAAGCAGUGAAACUGCUCUGCAAGAGGCUGAAUUGGAAGAGGAAUUUGAGAACAUUGUAGGGGCGAUGAAUGACUACCUAAGGCCAGUCCUAGAACCGAUCUGCCAUUCUCUCAGAGAUGCACUCUUGGAAGAUCUAAUUCUAAGGUCUGGCAGUACUCCGUUGGGCAGCAAUCCAAACAUUGCCCAGGAGGCGGGAGGGAAAGACAAGGGGACCAAAGAGCACCAGCCACAAAAUGAAUGUGUUGUGUUGCUCGUGGACUCUGACCUGAUGCAUCUCCCCCUGGAGGCCAACACACAUCUGGAGAUCAUAGAGGGAGUGAACUCUGUGUCCAGAGACUUUUCACUGGAGUUGUUGCACGCUAGAAUGCAUGAUGAAAAACAAGCGGAGCCAGAUCCUAAAGAAGCCAAGGGAGAGGGAAAGAAGAAAGCUCCCAAGGAACCUGUGAACUUUGUGUCCAGAAUCCCAGGCGUGAGGGAGGCAAAGCAAAAGCAAGCUAAGAUUAUACCUCUUGACAGACAUCCUCAAGCUUGGCAAGUGGCAGCCAAUACCAUGGACUUUAGGUAUAUUACUGAUGCAAAUCUUGAAUGUGCAGAGACAGAGCCCAACAAGCCAAUUGAAGAGUUUGAGAAAGUCUUACUGCAGUACGAGCAACAGUUUACGCCCAGAUGGCUGGGAGUUCCUGGGAAUGACCACACCCCCAGUGUUGGAGAGUGGGAGAUUUAUCUGACUGAGAGCACAUCCUUCAUCUUCUAUGGGCUGGAGAGGCUUCUUUCAUACAUACCCCCUCACAAAAUGGCAGCCCUGAAUAUUCCAGAGUGCAACAUUUUGUUCUCAUUUGAUUUGGCUGAAACGUCAAAGAGCUUCCAACGUCAGAGCAAACUUGACGUAUUGAAAACUCCUGUUGCUCUCAGCUUGGAGAACCCGGUGGAAGCAGCCAUUCUGGCCAGUUUGGGAGGCAUUAGGUGUGUCAUAGGAAACCAGUGGCACUGCACCCUGGCUGAGAAUGCAAACAAGAUGCAUGCUACUAUGAAGUACUUAUUGGAGAAAGGGAAAACGACUGGGCAGGCUCUGUACUUGCUCCAGAACCCUAUGGUGGUGUAUGAGGAGGAGAAGGCACUACAGAAAGCAGCAGAGGCAGGGAAAGAGGCCACCUCAGAACCUCCAACAGGAAGGAAAAAGAGCAUUGCUCACGAAAAGGGCUCUGUGAAAGACGGGAAGACUGACGCUAAAUCUGAAGCUGCCAUUGAGGUGAAGCCCUCAGAGUCUGAUCCUGACAAAGAUGUGGAAGAAUCGAAGGAGGAGGAAGACAUGCCUGUGGUUACCAGGUCUUCUUUCAACACAAUCUGUUAUGGAAUGCCCAACAUCAUCAUUACUCAGUGAAAUCUGUGUUAUUAAUUUUAUCAGCAUGAUUUUUAUUUUAUUAUUUGAUAUUCAUUAAUAAAACAACGACUAAUUGUUUUGCAAAUAUGUUCUAAGUGCAACAAAUCCACAACCUCUGUAAAGCACAUUUGGAUGAUUUGUUGUUUUUUUCUAGGCCUACAUGAAAAUGAAGGGGGAAAUUUUAAAAAUGUAUUUAAUGAUGUAUGAAACUGCCUUAUAUUUGUAUAUCAUGGCAAUCAGCCUCAAAACGUGAAAACUAGCAGAUUAAAAGAGGGCGAACCUAUUUCAAUUCGCUUCUGUUUUUUCUAAAGUCACAUUAUUGGUUGUUUUUUUUGUGUAGAACAAGCAAAGUACUUUUUUUUUUACAAAACAAA